AGGAGGGGCGGGGAGCCGGCCCUACCCUUCCUAUUUGUACUGGCGCUUGCGGGCUCAGUGCAGAGCCGCCUCUGGACGCGCAGCACCUCGAGCACCCGGCAUCGCUGAACAUGCAGCGGCGAAGCGCAGCCCGGCUCGGCCCCCUUCUGCUCCUGCUCCUGCUGCCUCUGGCGUGGGGUGCGGGCCCCUCGCCGCCCCGAGCCGACGAAGAGCUGCAAGUCUCCAGCCGCCGGGCCGGGCAGGCGGCCCGGGUGGCGCUGCACUAUCUCAACUACCGCCAAGGGUCGCCCAGCGCGCUGCGGGCGCUGGGACAGGUCCGGAAAGCCACGGUCAAGACUAUCCCAGGAAUUGGACAUAAGUACUACCUGCAGUUCACUACAGAAGACUACAAAAGCAGCCAAAACGUUGGGACCUGCCUUGCUACAGUGCUCUACCUGAAGAGGAAACCUCGACCUUAUGUUAAUAUAAACUGCACAUAUACCAAAGAUCAGAAGCAAACCCGAGAAGAUGACUACAGCUUUUACAAAAAAUUGAGGCAACAAACCAAACCAAUCACUGGAAAUGAUAUUCCUGACAGCUAUGGACAUAUUGAACCAGCCUUGGAGCCCGCAUGGGCUUUGGCAGUUGCUGGCAGCAGUUACCUAAUGUGGGAAAAGUCAACAGAGAACUUAAGCUAUUUCAUGGCACAAGUCAAGAAUGUGAAGCAGUGGAUAACUAAAGAUGAUUCGAUUGACUUUGACUACUUGGUUAUACUACAUGAAAUUCCAACACAGGAAAUGAUUUCAUGCCACCUCCGUGUCAUUUGGACUCCUGGACAUCCCCUCAAAGUGAAGUACUUCUGCUUGUCAGAGAAUCAGCGGUCAGAAUCUGGAGAAGGGUCUGGAACAGAAUCUGGGUCUACUAAUGGAAUUUUCAAUGAGGAAGAAGCAAAUUUUUAAAAAGAUUAAUGUUGGCUUUUAUAUAAAGAGUUGAAAUGGAAAAAAAAUCUUGCAUUAAUAGUUCCAAUCGGUAUUGUGAUAACUCUUCUACACAAAUUGUAUUGCAAUGAAUUUGAAGCCUUUUAACUAGUCAUCUUUCACCAAAAAUAAAUCUCUGUAGAAUUUCUUAUAUGAAAGAAAUCACACAUUCUCUAUAUUUACCUAAAAAUGUUCCUAUAAAAUAUAUACACACACCCUUGAUUUUAUGUCACUAAGUUACUUAGCUGUAACUCAGAAUGUGAACAAAGUUAAUAUAUGGGAUAAAAGUCUUGAGAAAAGUAUUAAUUUUCCAUCUCCAUAAGAAAAAUAUUUGUCUACUAAUUUUUUUAAAUUUUUGAACAGAAAUAUAUGUUAGCUUUUAACUUAUAUCAACAGUAAAAUAAAUACCAUUACAUUUGGA